CCGUGUUCCGCCACCGGGACCCAGACGGCUCAAUUGACUAGAUUUUCUAGUCUAAUUUUAAACGUCUUCGCGUUGGCGGUAUAAAAGCUAGUUAAUGAAUAAUAUGGUCAGCAUUCUUCUAGAAUACUUCGCAGGCAACAGUUCAGAGAAUGCGUGCCCUCAUUAUUCUAUGCGUUGUGGCGGCGGCAAGUGCCGGCAGUUUGUCCGGCUACAAUUACGGGCAAGGUGCGACGGCUAGCAUUGAAGGAGGUAGUGGUGUCACCAAGACCGCCGGACUGGCCGGUCCAGUCAGCUACAGUGCCGCUCCACAGGCGUCAGUUCACAAGGAGUUCUACAGCUUCCAUGCCAACGAUGACGACUUCGAGGAUCGCGAUGCCCUGCGCCAGGCCCUGGCUUCGGUGAAGAAGAACGUCCGUGUGAUCUUCAUUAAGUCGCCGGAGAACCGAGGCUACGAGAACGCCGUUUUGGCCCUGGCCAAACAGGCUGCCCAGCAGCAGACCGCCAUCUAUGUGCUGCACAAGCAGACCGACAUCAACGAGCUGGCCCAGAAGUUCAAUGCCGUGCGGCAGAACGCCAACAAGAAGCCGGAGGUGCACUUCGUCAAGUAUCGCACUCCCGAGGACGCCGCCAAUGCCCAGCGGGCCAUCCAGUCGCAGUACGAUCAGCUGGGCGGCACCAGCCAGUCCAUCAACGGGGGCGUGGCCAACGCCAUCAACUUCGCCUCCCAAGGAGCGGCUCCCGUGCGCACUGCUCCGCAACAGGUGCCCCAGAGCAACUACCUGCCCGCCUCCAUUCUAAGUCGCCUGCGUCACUAGAAAAUCUCCCUGUUAAACGUUGUUUUCGAAUAAAAAUUAUUUAGUUUGUUUACAUACAAAA